GAGUUCGGUUUGUCCACUUGCCGGUCCCUCAGACCGUCAGCGGUCUCUGUCCGCCUCGGGACCUAUCUGCUGGUCGCUCGGCGUCCGAUGGCUCCGGGCCGCGGAACCUUAGGCCUGGCCCUGGUCUCCGAGCGCGGGUUCGCCCGGAGGAGCGUGUGGCGGGGCUGUGCCGGGGCGUGUGUGAGCCGGGCAUGGGGCUGAGUCCGGUGUGGGGAGUGGGUGGGUAUCUGCGGAGCCGGCCUGAGCCCCGCCUCAGCCAGGCGCGGGGAGGGGGCUCCGUGCGUGUGAUCGUGCAGCUGUGAGCGCGUGGCCGCCCCGCGAGGCUCCGCUGCAGGCCCCUGAGCCCCAGGAGCAGGAAUCGCUCCUCUGGGCCUGCCCUGGGUCCUGGAAGGUACAGAGCUGCCCACUCCUCCCGGGGAGGCUGCCGUGGAGGCCAUGGAGAUCCCUGCCCCGGAGCCCGAGAAGACAGCUCUUUCCUCUCAGGAUCCUGCUGUUUCCCUGAAAGAGAAUCCCGAGGAUAUAUCGGGUUGGGGUCUUCCCGAAGCCAGGUCCAAGGAAUCGGUGAGUUUCAAGGAUGUGGCUGUGGACUUCACCCAGGAGGAGUGGGGUCAGCUAGACUCCCCUCAGAGGGCCUUGUACCGGGAUGUGAUGUUGGAGAACUACCAGAACCUUCUUGCCCUAGGACCUCCACUGCACAAGCCAGACGUGAUCUCCCAUCUGGAACGAGGCGAGGAGCCAUGGAGCAUGCAGAGGGAAGUCCCUGGAGGGCCCCGUCCAGAAUGGCAGCUGAAGGCGGUGCCCUCUCAACAGCAGGGUAUUUGCAAAGAAGAACCCGCCCAGGAGCCCAUCACGGAGCGGCCCUUGGGCGGGGCGCAGGCGUGGGGGCGCCAGGCCGGUGCUCUGCGGAGGAGUCAGGCUGCGCCCUGGGCGCCUGCACAUGCUAUCGUCUGGGACGUCCCUGUAGAGAAAUUCCCCCUUAGGUGUCCCCUCUUCGCCCAGCAACGCGUUCCCGAGGGGGGACGCUUGCUGGACACACGCAAGAACGUCCAGGCUACUGAGGGCAGAACCAACGCUCCUGCUAGACUGUGUGCGGGAGAAAACGCCCCUACGCCGAGUGAGUCGCACAAGUUCCCCCAGGCGCGCCGGCAGCGCGGGGCGGGCGCCGGGGAGGGCGAGUUCGUGUGCGGCGAAUGCGGGAAGGCGUUCCGCCAGAGCUCCUCCCUCACGCUGCACCGGCGCUGGCACAGCCGGGAGAAGGCUUACAAGUGCGAUGAGUGCGGCAAGGCCUUCACCUGGAGCACCAACCUCCUGGAGCACCGGCGCAUCCACACGGGCGAGAAGCCCUUCUUCUGCGGCGAGUGCGGGAAGGCCUUCAGCUGCCACUCGUCCCUCAACGUGCAUCAGCGCAUCCACACGGGCGAGCGGCCCUACAAGUGCAGCGCCUGCGAGAAGGCCUUCAGCUGCAGCUCGCUGCUCAGCAUGCACCUGCGGGUGCACACCGGCGAGAAGCCCUACCGGUGCGGCGAGUGCGGCAAGGCCUUCAACCAGCGUACGCACCUCACACGCCACCACCGCAUACACACGGGCGAGAAGCCCUACCAGUGCGGCUCCUGCGGCAAGGCCUUCACCUGCCACUCGUCCCUCACCGUGCACGAGAAGAUCCACAGCGGGGACAAGCCUUUCAAGUGCAGCGACUGCGAGAAGGCUUUCAACAGCCGCUCGCGCCUCACCCUCCACCAGAGGACGCACACGGGCGAGAAGCCCUUCAAGUGCGCCGACUGCGGAAAGGGCUUCAGCUGCCACGCGUACCUGCUCGUGCACAGGCGCAUCCACAGCGGCGAGAAGCCCUUCAAGUGCGCCGACUGCGGAAAGGGCUUCAGCUGCCACGCGUACCUGCUCGUGCACAGGCGCAUCCACAGCGGCGAGAAGCCCUUCAAGUGCAACGAGUGCGGCAAAGCCUUCAGCUCCCACGCCUACCUCAUCGUGCACCGGCGCAUCCACACAGGCGAGAAGCCCUUCGACUGCAGCCAGUGUUGGAAGGCCUUCAGCUGCCACUCGUCCCUCAUCGUGCACCAGCGCAUCCACACUGGUGAGAAGCCCUACAAGUGCGGCGAGUGUGGCAGAGCCUUCAGUCAGAACCACUGUCUCAUUAAACAUCAGAAAAUCCACUCCGGGGAGAAGUCGUUUAAGUGUGAGCAAUGUGGGGAGAUGUUCAACUGGAGCUCGCACCUCACUGAGCACCAGAGGCUGCACAGCCAGGGGAAGCCGUUGGCCAUCCAGUUCAACAAACACUUGCUCAGCACAUACUACGUGCCUGGCAGCCUGCUGGGUGCAGGGGAUGCUGGGCUGAGGGACGUGGACCCCAUCGACGCGCUGGAUGUGGCAAAGCUCUUGUGCGUCGUUCCGCCCCGAGCUGGCAGGAAUUUCUCCCUGGGAAGCAAACCUCGAAACUAACAUGAUGUGCUUUGGUGUCAGUAGCCGCCUUCUGAGCUACUCAACGAGGAAAGCACCUGAUCCUCCCUGGCUCCUAGAUCCAGACCACCUUCCUCCAGGUGUGGGAGCCUUGCCUUAUCACCCCAAUCAGGUCUGCAUGCCAGGGUGCCUCUUUUAGUUAAAGUCAGUCACCUCCCCAGAAGGGCCACACUCCAGGAGGAAAGUUGAGAGCCAUUUGAGGUAGUCCCGUCACCUGUUUUCCUUGAUGGACCUGGAAGUUGUUGACAAGGGGAAAGAUCUUUCUUGCCAAUAAAAAGAAGGGAUCUUGUUGGGUGCCAUGGCUCACACCUGUAAUCUCAACACUUUGGGAGGCCAAGGCAAGGGGAUCGCUUGAGCCCAGGAGUCUAGGACCAGCCUGGACAACAUGGUGAGACCUCGUCUCUACAAAAAAUGCAAAAAUUAGCCAGAUGUGGUGGCGUGUCCCUGUGGUCCCAGCUACUCAGGAGGCUGAGGUGGGAGGAGGAUUUGAGCCUGGGAGGUCAAGGCUGCAGUGAGUCAUGAUUCACAGCACUGCACUGCAGCCUGGGUGGCAAAGCAAGACCCUGUGUGAAAUAAAAAGGAGGUAUAUCAACUGUUGUAUCCUCGGACAGACUCCUGACAUGGCUUCCAUCAGGAGUUUCCUCCAUAAACUAUUAUUUUCAGAAUAAUAAUAAAACAAGAAUUAUGAAUAGCAUUACUUUCCAGUGAACAUUAUUAUAUUGCUAGAGAGGAGAAUAAUCUUGGGCCGUGGGCAUUUGGAAAAAGUGAAUUUCCUGGACUUACCUCAUGUAAAUAGCCCUACUGCAGAGCUGUGUGUUAGUGACAGUGCAGUCAGGGGUGUUCCCACAGCUGUCACAGCAUGGCCCAGCAGCGUUGUAGCCAGAUCCUAACAUGCCAACAUCACCUCUUGCCAUUUAGCCCCUGGUGAGAAAUUGGGAACUCCCAGGCAGUGCCCAGUGCAUCCAGGGAAGAUGGGCACAACAUCAAGAUAGAUGUGUCUGGAGGCUCCCCUUCACUGAUUGGGGCUGGGCAAGGCCACCCUGGGCUGGUGAGGCUGCCCUGCAGGGCUUCUCACUAUGUAGCACCAGUCACCAGCCCAGGUCACAGAAGAAGCCCCUCCCAGCAUCCACUGGAGGCAGAGAGCUGAAGCCCAGGGAGACGGGCUCCAUGGUGGUCCCACAUGGAGGUGUUGUACAAACCCUGGAAAAGGUGGCUCUCCCUGUCCCCUGUCCCGACACUCUUCAGAGAUAGGAAGACAGAGUUAAUCUUGAAUGAAUGUUAUUUCUACUCAGUCCUAAGCAAGAAUAAGCUGCCCUCUUGGUGAUAAUACUUUACGUUUGUAUGGAGUGCUAUCAUUUAUGAAAUUCUUUCAGUAUGCUUUUUAAAUUAUGCUGGGAAAAUAACCACAGUUCAGAAAAUGUGGACUUAUGAAAAAUAAAAUCCCCAUAAUUCUUAAUAAAACUGCAUUUUGCACUUUGAUACAUUAC